CGACCUCGCCGCACCCGCGCGAGAUGUCGCCAUGACGCUAUGGUUCAAAGAUGGGGACCGGAUGCCCAUAUACACGGUAGACUUCAGAAACGGUCCACCAGUUCACUGGGCAGUGGCUGGAGAGUUCGGUGCUCGAAGCCACUUCGUCCUCAACGAGUCGGACCCGUCGUCAGCUCACCUUGCAGUCGACAAGGUGGCUCGAUACGACGAGGGCAUAUAUCGCUGUAGGGUUGAUUAUGUUGACUCGCCUACUAGAAAUUAUAGGGUCAAUUUGACUGUUGUAGUACCUCCGGAAUCACCGAGGAUCUAUGAUUCUGAUGGUCAGGAGAUCACAGGCUCGAUUGCUGGACCUUUUCGAGAAGGUUCCAAUCUGCUUCUCUCUUGUCAAGCAGCUGGAGGUAAGCCGGCACCGGACGUGUCGUGGUACCGAGGGCAGGAGCGCUUGGCCAUUACCAAAGGAGGCUCCGUGUGUCAGUUGCACCUGCAAAGGCUUUCACGGGAAUUGUCCGGCACGACGCUGCAGUGUCGAGUGGAGCCGCCACUUUUGAAGGCUCAGUACAGAGAUGUCACUAUUAAACUCUUUUUAAAGCCUCAGUUCGUCCGAGUGACGGGCACUGGCACGACGCGCGCUGGCCACGAGCGCUCCUUCGUGUGCACGACGCGCGGCUCCAAGCCAGCGCCUAACAUCGACUGGUUUAUAAACUCGCAGCGAAUCGACUCCGCUAUGACUGAGAUGGAUGUAGAAGGAGAGGUGACGCGGAGUGUGCUGACGUGGCGCGUGCGGCGAGAGGACGGCGGCAGGCAGCUGGUCUGCAGAGUCUCAAACCCCUGGUUCCCAGCUUACACGCUAGAAGAUUCUGUCACGUUAGAUGUAUUUUACCCUCCCGUGGCACAAAUAUCGGUAGCAUCACCGAAAGAAUCCCAUUUACUGCGAGAAGACGGCGACGCGGUCCUCGUGUGCUCUUCUGACGCCGCGCCGCCCGCCACCAACUUCACCUUCUACAGAGGACUGCAGGAGCAUCUGAUCCAUGAUGACCCUGUGGGUGGUAUCUCAGUGGAAGGCAGCCGGCUGGUGCUGCGCGCGCUGCGGCGCCACCACGCGGAGCGCUACCGCUGCAGAGCUCGCAACUCCGAAGGCAGCGGAUUGAGUGAACCGCUUACUUUAAAUGUACUCUCUCGACCAGAGUGUUCAGCCGGCAGCGUGGUGCAGCAGCUGGCGGCGGCGCCGGGCGGCGAGGUGCGGGCGCGCUGCUCCGUCACCGCGCCCUCCUCGCGGGACGCGGGCCCUUUGAGGUUCUACUGGACUUACAAUGGCACUAAGGAUGUGUUACCGAUACCAGCUGCCAACAUAACAGUGUCCGGUUCCAGCAGCACAGUGAUACACGGUCUGCCUGACAGUAGCUCGGAUGACCUGGGCUGGCUGGCUUGCUGGGCCAGCAACGACGUCGGCAACCAGCGGGAUCCCUGUCUCUUUAGGAUUAUGCCUGCUGCACUCCCGGAACCGCCUUCGAACUGUGAGAUAGAAGACGAGAUGCUGCGCUGCUCCGCGGGGCACGACGGCGGCCUGCCGCAGCGCUUCAUCCUGGAGGCGCUGGAGGUACGGCCCCGAGACCUGCACCCUCAGCUCGACGGAGACGCCAUGAGCGACCAGGGUAUUUCAGGGCGCGGUCUGUCGGAGGCAGUGUACCGCGCGAGCAAUGACGUCACGCCGCAGUUCCCGCUGGACGCGCUGAGCCCGGGCCGGUACACCUUCCUGGUGUACUCGGAGACCCCCCGCGGCAGGUCGCAGCGGCCCGCCGCGCUGCACAGCGUGCCCAUACGGACUAUCGAUGACCUGGAUACACCCGGAUCUCUACAAACGAUGACGCCUGCGCCCCCGCAGCCGCAGCCCCCCACUAAGACGGAAGAGCCUAGAUCUUAUUGUAGAAAUCAGGCGUUCGACCACAAUAUUUUUAAUAUUUUUUAUGGAAUCAUUUCCUUUCCAGUGGAUACAGAUUCCUGUCGCAGUGACAUGGAACAUCAAGAAACUGACCUCACCAGUAACGUUGGUGAUAUGGAAACACAGACAGACCCGUGAGCAAAUUGUGUAUUAAAUAUAUUCUUCCUACUGUAAAUGCACCAAUGUGGUAGAAAUAGGUUUACUUUAUGAAAAUUCAGUAGUUCAGUUUUCAGGGAAUAAAUAGGACCCAAGUUGAAGUUGUACUUGAAUGCAUUUUGAAGGACUUAACAAUUCUCUAAUCAAAGAACUGCUUUCGUUACUUCUACAAAAUCAGCAUAUCUAUAAAUAUAUUUAUAACUAGCUGUUACCCACGACUUCGCACUCGAGAAUAAA